ACCUCCUCCUCCGCACCAGUCUAUCUAGGGUUUUGUAGGGUCUGCGAGCGAGGGCCUCGGUUCCUGCGGGCGGAGUAGUUGAGAUGGCGGCGGAUCGGGUCACCGGGACGGUGAAGUGGUUCAGCGGGACCAAGGGGUUCGGCUUCAUCACCCCCGACGACGGCGGCCAGGACCUCUUCGUCCACCAGUCCUCCAUCAAGGCCGACGGCUACCCCAACAUCAAGGACGGCGACACCGUCGAGUUCACCGUGGGCGCCGACAACGACGGCCGCGCCAAGGCUCUCGACGUCUCCGCGCCCGGCGGAGGGGCGCUGGCCGGCGGGGAACGCCCCGACGGGGGCUACGGCGGGCGCGGCGGCGGCGACCGCGGCUACGGGGGAGGAGGCGGCGGCGGCUACGGAGGUGGCGGCUACGGCGGGGGCGGCGGCUACGGUAGCGGCGGCGACCGCGGCUACGGGGGAGGAGGCGGGUACGGUGGCGGCGGAGGCGGCCGCGGCUGCUACAAGUGCGGCGAGGAGGGCCACAUGGCUCGCGACUGCUCCCAGAACGGCGGCGGCGGUUACGGUGGCGGCGGAGGCGGCCGCGGCUGCUACAAAUGCGGCGAGGAGGGCCACAUGGCCAGGGACUGCUCCCAGAACGGCGGCGGAGGCUACGGCGGCGGCCGCGGGUGCUACAACUGCGGCGAGGAGGGCCACAUUUCCCGUGAGUGCCCCAAGAGGCGCUAGGAGCGUCGCGCCUCGUCGUCGGAUCCGAUCCGAGUCCCACCUCCUGGCUCUUGCAUGAAGCCAUAGCCAACAUCUAUCUAUCUUUUAGUAGUUGUAGUGUUUCGUUCUCGUCGUCGUUCGUGUCGUUCUAAGGAAGAAGCCCUAUGGAGAAGUGGUGAUAUGGAUCUGUCUUUUGGAGUGGUAGUAAUGUUUCUGUUUGAAUUCGGUAGCCAUGAUCAUGAAUGGCACUGCCCGAUGUAUCCAUCCUAUCUAUGAAUGGAAUGAAAUGGAGUAAUUUAUCGAA